AUGAUAAUUAAUCACAGAGUGAUAUAUAUGUCAAAUCACGAAAAUGGCCUUCCGGUGGAUAGACCUUGGCCAGAAUACAAGUUACCUGAGUUGUUAAGGAGGGGCACGCUCAGAGCUCUCCAUGCAUCCAUUGAAAGCGACUGGGAUUGCAUCCGGCGGUCGGCGUGCCAGACGGCUGCAGGAAGAGCAUUGUGGAAUCAGGUGAUCCAUGACCCUCUGGCUGAGUUGUUUGCAGGGGAGAUGUACCUGAAGAGCAUUUAUGAAAAGAUUAAGAAAGACCAGCGUAAUAAUGCUAGAGAGAUUUCUGGGGUGAUUCUGGCUGUUCGAACCCUUUGGUUCGAUACAAAACUUGAAGCAGUUCUGAAUUCCUUUGCCGGUGGAGGAGCACAGGUGGUUCUGCUAGGUGCAGGUAUGGAUGCAAGAUCGUACCGACUAAACUGCUUGAAAGAAAGCAGUGUGUUUGAAGUUGAUUUUCCUGAGGUUCUGGAAGCAAAAGCUACAAUUCUUGAGGCAGCUAUUCAUUCGAAGGAGGAACACCAUCAUCCUGUCAUGACAGCAAAAUCAUUGAGUAGAGUGGCAGCUGACCUGACGGAGGAUGACUGGCUUGAAAAACUCCAAAUAUCAGGCUUUGAAUCAAAGAAGAAUACAGUUUGGAUUCUGGAGGGGAUUAUUUACUACCUGUCACAAUCUGAUGCCAUGAAAGUGCUUAAAAUCAUUGCAGAGAAUUGCAGUCUCACCAACACAGUGCUGUUAGCAGAUUUCAUGAACAAACAAGCAACAGCAUUAUCCAGAGACACUUACCCUUUCCAUUGUGACUGGCCAGAUCAACUGCUGCCGACUCUAGGAUUUUCAGAAGUAAAGCUUUCACAGAUUGGCGAUCCAGAUGCCAAUUUCGGAUUGUUGCAAGACCCGCUAAAUUUGUUUAAUAAGAUUCGAAGCUUGCCAAGAUCAAUUCAAACUCUUCCAGAUGAUGGAACACCAUGCGGUCGCUUGUAUUUGUUGCAAGCUGUGGGUUCACCAGGUAAAACUAGUUCAUGAGACAAAGUUGCAGGCGAUAUAUGUUAUUGCAUACCAUACUUUGAAUUUUACAUCAUAACAUAGGCACCAUCUCUGUUAGCAUCAUUAAAGCUUUAGUAAAGCUAUGCAAGUUACACAGGCAACAUACCAGCUUAAACCCUUGAUGCAGGGUUGAAAAUAGAUUAAAUGACAGUUCCUACUA